AUGAAACUCACUUUUUUAUUGCAAAUAUUCAUUCUCGGAUUUUUUUCGGAGGUCGUUUUAACUUCUCCAUUGAUUGCCAGACAGAUUGAUCCUAAUCAAUGUCCUACAGGAGUAGGCUCAACAUGUUCACUUAGCAUCCAACUCAAUCCUGCCUCUUAUACAUGUGCUACUAUACCUAACGUUACUUGUACUCCAAAUCCUUUGACCUAUAAUGUUACUUGCUCAGUUGGAACUAAUAUUGAUAUUAAGUGUUUUGGAAACGUGGAGAAGUAUAUUUUUUCUUGUCCAGUUCCUAGUCAAAAUGAAUGUGGAUUUACCUGCACAACCUGUAUUUAUGAUCAAAAAAUUAUUGACUGUGGUGGCUGUAAUACUACAUAG